AAACUACAAGCACGUAACUUUCGAGCAGGUAGAAAUUUAGGCGGCAAAUCACGUUCUUCGUAACAUACACCAACUUCCAGCGCCAUCAUGAAAGUACUCUGUCUCCAAGAUGGCGGGCGGAAUAAAAAGGCGUUCAAAGCUAAUUUAGAUUUUCUAUUGGGCAAGCUGCGGGAUUUAAAUAAUACGGUGCUCUUGUUUGACUUUUUCAAUAACCCUUUGAAAUGUUCAAAUCUACCAAUGGAAGAUUCUUCACAUCUCAAACCACACCAUCUCAUCUUGUCUGAUCAAGAGUAUGUUAAAAAUAUUCGCAAGGCCAGCGAGCAGCUAGGCAAUAAGUUAGAUAGCGAUGGGCCUUAUGAUGGCGUGAUCGCAUUUUCUCAAGGCGCCGUGGUUGUUUCUAGCUUCCUCCUAUAUCGACAAUGGUACGAUGACGGGUUACCACCGGCGUUCAAAUUCGCUAUCUUCGUUAGCGGAGGUAUCUCUCUCCAGGUUCUAAAAGAUCUGGGAGUUCCGAUCCCAGAGGAAGCAGAAAACGCAGUAUCCGAGGCCACGUUACAACGUAACCAAGAGCUCGGCCCGCUAUCGGCUCAUGUGACCAAGGCACGACGAGCUGUGUUUAACUCGGAUGAUUGUUUUGGCCUAAAUUUGAACAGAAUACCGCUGGAGCUAAAGAUAAGGAUACCUACUGUUCAUAUUUGGGGAGAAAAAGACCCUCUAUUUCCGAGUUCAAUCCACCUCACAGGGCUUUGCGAUCCCUAUAUCAGGAAGAUUUAUACGCAUUCGGGGGGGCACGAGAUUCCUCAAGAGGAGAGUGAAUUGGUGCAGAUAGUGCCAUUAAUUGAAUGGUGUAUACAGCGCGGCAGCUGGCCAGGCCAAAUGCAACUUUAGGGGUAAAAUAUGUUGAAAUAGAUGCAGGUUAUGAGU